UUAUUACUUGCUCUUUUUCAACUUUAUUCCCUACCCUCACCUUUUCCUCUUCUUCUGACACCUUAUUAACUGUCGUCUUAACACAAUUAAGAUGUCGUGGAAUUAACAGAGAUUGACCGGCCGGUCAUAUAUACAGAGCAGGACGGAGCACAACUGCAGCAGAGGCGGCGGAGAUGACGGCGCACGGCGGCAGCCACCGCGAUUUGGAGUCUCAAAUCACCCGAAACAUUUCCAUCGCUGAAGAUGCGUUUACUAUCGACUCUAUCAAAACUGCCCCGCCUGAGAAGCUGAGACGAUGGAGGAAACUGGCACUGGUGUUGAAUGCAAGUCGCAGAUUUCGGUAUACUUUGGAUUUGAAACGUAUAGAAGAGGAACGGUCGAAAUUGUUAUCCAAAAUUAGAUCACAUUCACAACUCCUACCGGAAACUUUACACCCUCCGGCAGAAGAGGAAGAGAAGUUUGGUCAAUUGCCGGGAGAUCCAACACUCGCUCAACAUGAAACUCGGGUUAAAGACAUGGCUAAAGAGCUGAAAUCUGAUUCAGAAAGAGGAAUCAACAGUAAUGAAGUAGAGUCGCGGAAGGCUCAAUAUGGACCCAACACAUAUCCGGAGAAGAAGGGUCGCAGUUUUUUGAUGUUUCUUUGGGAUGCUUGUCAGGACAGGACAUUGAUCAUUUUGAUGGUAGUUGCAGCUGCUUCUUUGGCUUUAGGGAUCAAAACAGAGGGUUUAAAAGAAGGAUGGUACGACGGAGGGAGCAUUGCUUUAGCAGUCAUCAUUAUCAUAGUCAUAACGGCUAUUAGUGAUUACAAGCAAUCCCUUCAGUUCAAAAGUCUGAAUAAAGAGAAGAAAAAUAUACAGACAAAGGUGAUUAGAGAGGGGAGAAGAGAGUCGAUAUCUAUAUACGAGGUCGUUGUUGGUGAUGUUGUACAUCUAGGCGUUGGUGAUCAGGUUCCUGCUGAUGGAAUUUUAAUAUCUGGACACUCUUUUAAACUUGAUGAAUCGAGUGUGACAGGGGAAACCAAACCUAUGCCUAAAGAUUCAAAAAAUCCGGAUAUGAAGUCUGGAUGUAAAGUAGCAGAAGGCUUUGGGACCAUGCUGGUAACAAAGGUUGGGAUGGCAACAGAAUGGGGACAGCUAAUGGCUGGCAUUUCAGAAGACAAUGCGGAAGAAACACCAUUGCAGGUACGUUUGAAUGGAGUUGCAACAUUUAUUGGUAUCAUUGGGAUUGUGAUAGCUAUACUUGUUCUAGCUGUUCUUUUGAUCAGAUUCUUUACUGGACACACAAAAAAUCCAGAUGGUUCUGUACAAUUUCAAGCUGGGAAGACUAAAGUUAGUGCUGCUGUAAAUGGGGCUAUAAAAAUUUUCACUAUUGCUGUUACCAUUGUGGUUGUGGCUGUGCCAGAAGGCCUUCCCUUGGCUGUCACUCUGACGCUGGCAUACUCGAUGAAAAAAAUGAUGGCAGACAAGGCAUUGGUUAGAAGGCUUUCUGCUUGUGAAACCAUGGGUUCUGCAACAACCAUUUGCAGUGACAAAACAGGAACGUUAACUGUGAAUCAGAUGACUGUGAUUGAGGUUCAUUUUAGUGAUAAAAAGAUUGAGGAAGCUCAAACUAAACCACGAGUGGAGAUGUUUACAGAAGUCAAUCAUGUUCUUGUUGAAGGCAUUGCAGUAAAUACAACUGGAAGUGUUUUUAUGCCUAAAGUGGAUGGUCAAAAUCCUGAGUACUCUGGAUCACCAACAGAAAAGGCCAUUCUCGAAUUUGGUGUCACGCUUGGAAUGGGUUUUGAUGUUAUUCGAUCGGAAUCAUCAAUUAUCCGUGCAUUCCCAUUCAACUCGGAGAAAAAGCUAAGUGGUGUGGCGAUAAAAAGGCGAGAUUCAGGAGUUACCAUAACACACUGGAAAGGUGCUGCUGAGAUUGUAUUACGCCACUGUAACCGUUACAUUACUACUAAUGAAAAUAAGAUUAUGACUAUGUCUGAGGAUAAGCGGAAGUUCUUCAACGAUGCAAUUGAAGAUAUGGCUAAAAAGGCUUUGCGAUGUGUGGCUAUUGCGUACGAGAUUUACGAUGAUGAGAGGAAAAUUCCUGCGGGUGUGGAGGAACUUGGUCGUAACCUCAUUUUAAUCACUAUCCUUGGGCUCAAGGAUCCAUGCAGACCAGGUGUAAAAGAAGCCGUGGAGUUAUGUCAAAAAGCUGGUGUUAAGGUAAGAAUGGUGACGGGUGACAAUCUUGAGACUGCAAGGGCUAUAGCUUUGGAAUGUGGGAUACCUGUAGACAAUGCCAGUGCAGCCCCCGAAAAUCACCUCGCCAUAGAAGGAGAAAGAUUUCGCCGUUUAUCUGUGCGGGAACAGGAAGACUUUGCAGAAAAGAUAUCGGUGAUGGCAAGGUCACUUCCUAAUGACAAACUCCUUCUUGUACAAGCAUUGAGAAAGAAGGGACAUGUCGUAGCUGUAACCGGAGACGGGACUAAUGACGCUCUUGCUCUCCAUGAGGCUGAUAUUGGUCUUGCAAUGGGUAUUCAAGGAACUGAGGUUGCCAAAGAGAGCGCUGACAUCAUCAUACUGGAUGACAAUUUUGCUUCAGUUGUUAAGGUUGUUCGAUGGGGUAGAUCUGUGUAUGCUAACAUCCAGAAAUUCAUACAGUUUCAACUUACCGUAAAUAUUGCAGCCCUUGUAAUUAAUGUGGUGGCUGCUGUUACCGGUGGUGAUGUCCCGUUGAAUGCUGUGCAGCUUCUUUGGGUAAAUCUCAUCAUGGACACUCUAGGAGCUCUAGCUCUGGCCACAGAACCACCCACUGAUGAACUAAUGCACAGGCCUCCGGUUGGGCGAAGGGAAUCACUCAUCACGAAUAUCAUGUGGAGAAACCUCAUAAUACAGGCUAUAUAUCAAGUGUCUGUUCUUCUAGUUCUGAAUUUCCGAGGUACAAGUAUUCUGAGCUUGGAGCAUCACAAAAGUGGGGAUGCUAUUAAGCUGAGGAAUACAUUGAUUUUCAACUCUUUUGUAUUUUGCCAAGUCUUUAACGAAUUUAAUGCCCGAAAACCAGAGGAGAUCAAUAUUUUCGAAGGGGUUCAUAAAAACCGUCUAUUUGUGUUUAUAAUUUCCCUCACUGUGGUGUUUCAGGUUCUCAUGAUCAAUUUUCUUGGGAAGUUCACUUCAACGGUUAGACUUAACUGGAAAUUGUGGCUUGUGUCUCUUGCUAUUGGCUUUAUGAGCUGGCCUCUUGCAAUGGUAGGGAAGCUUAUACCGGUUCCAAGGACGCCAUUGAGUGAAAUCAUACGCAAUAUUUUCCGAUGUUCAAAGAAUCCCAAGGGGGAAAUGAACAAGCCAAACAAUUUCUCUAGGACCUCAUGAAGUUAAUAGUUAUACACAUCAAUGGUCAGGCCGCUACACGCAAGCUGCUCACUAAACAUGCGAAUUGCAUUCUUUUUAGUACAUAUUUAUCUUUUUUACACCUUUGUUUUUGCUUCUGAUUUAUUGUGUAAUUAUUUACUUGUAAUUAAAAUUAGAACCACAGAAAACAAUUACCAUUAUUAAAUGUACUGGUGAUUUGAUGGUCGAUGAAUAUGUACUUGUGAUUAAUGAGUGUGUGAAGUAUAAAUGUAUAAGCAAACAAAUGUCAUUUUUGUUCAAUGUUUGUAAUGUAAUAGGUCGGACUUGAAGUUGACUUGUGAUUUUUAAAUGUUAUGCAUAUCCACCCAAACAAAAGUCA